AUGGAUGAGAGUGAUAUCAAGAAAACGAUUCUGAGUACCUCUGCUGACGAAAAAAGGAUCUAUAGAACCAGGAUACAAAAGUUCAAAAAAUCCCAUUUUCUCUAUGUGGUUUUAUUAAUGUUUCUUGCCUCGUUGCAGUUUAUUGCUAUUGCAUUUUUUUCUAGAGGGUUUUUACUUUCAAGACAUGUCUUGGACAAUAUAUCGAAAGCGGAUUCUCAAUUGACAUUGCAGAGUUCUCCCAAGUUUGAUAGAGCGGUAGUUUUGAUUGUAGACGCACUGAGAUUUGAUUUUGUCAUACCAAUCGAAAAAGAAAAGGCAAAUAGCAACUAUCAUAAUAACAUCAACAUAAUGUACGACAAAUUUAUGGAUAACUCGGAAAGUUGUUCUUCCUUAUUGCUUAAAUUUAUGGCAGAUCCACCAACCACUACCUUGCAGAGACUUAAAGGGCUAACAACUGGCUCCUUACCCACAUUCAUUGAUGCAGGGUCAAACUUCAACGGUGACACCAUUGAAGAGGACAACUUGAUCAAACAGUUAUAUCUACACGACAAAAACGUAUUAUUUGUUGGAGACGAUACAUGGGAUGCACUUUUCAAUCCGUUUUUGUCCAACAAUUCCGCACCCUUUGAAUCGCUGAACGUUUGGGAUUUAGACACAGUCGACAACGGUGUCAUCUCAUUUUUUAAUGACCACAUUCAUUCAAAGGAAUGGGAUGUUCUUGUUGGACACAUGCUUGGGGUUGAUCAUGUUGGUCACAAAUAUGGGCCCGACCAUUUUACAAUGAAAGAAAAGCAAACACAAGUAAACGAAUUCAUUCAUUAUGUGAUGCAGUCACUAGAUGACGAUACCUUGCUCGUUGUUAUGGGCGACCACGGCAUGGAUCGCACGGGUAACCAUGGAGGAGAUUCUAUCGAUGAGUUAGAAAGUACCUUGUUUCUUUACAGUAAGACUCCAGGUAAGUUUGGUGCAAUGACAGAUGGCAACCAAUCGAUUUACAAUAUCUCAGAUUACGGGUCUAGCUAUCGGAGCGUCAACCAAAUUGAUUUAGUGUCCACACUUUCGCUAAUGCUUGGUACUCCGAUUCCGUUCAAUAACCUUGGCUGGCCAAUCGAAGAAAUGUUUAACACUCCGGAGGAGGGUAAAAGAAUGACGCAAAUAACCAUGGACCAGCUUUUGGAAUAUAAAAAGACUAUGAAUUUACAAUUCCCACUAGAUAGACAUGACAGAAUGGAAAGUAUACUGGACGAAAUACUUGAACAUAAGAACCCAGCCUCGGGCCAUGAAUAUGAAAGACAAUUCUUGGAAAUGUGCAAAGAUUUGUGGGCCCGAUUUGAUUACUAUAGUAUUACCACAGGGGUAAUACUAAUGUUUAUUUCGUUGGUGCUCUUGAUAUCAAUAACCAAGCUUAUCCCAUCCAUUGUUGUGAACCAAAUGGUUCCUGAAUUUGCUCCCUGGAUUUGCACAAUGUCAGUGAUAUCUAAUAUCUGCUUUUUUGCCAUCUAUUAUGUUUUCCAAAAACCUCCACUGAUCGAUGGUGUAUUGUGGUGCUUUCUUUUCGCGACAGCGAUUGGUAUUAUCAUAGGCUGCUGCAUCCCCAUUUUUGACCGCUACAGUUUGGGAUGGGUUUUUGUGAAGUUACGUGAAGAUUCGUUCUCUGACUACUGGUCUUGUAUAGGUUGUGGCAUACUAAUCAUCCAUGCCUGCUUGUUCACUUCCAACUCAUUCACUAUAUGGGAAGACCGUAUUGUUACCUUUUUAUUAACAUCCUUAGGGAUGCUAACGUUGUUUGAGUUUGCCUUCCUACCAAAGCGACAAUCAACAAAUGCUUUAUUGACUGCUAAAAUUAAUGAAAACGAAGGCACGACUUCUGGAGUCAAUUCCUCCACUGCUAAUUCCAAUUCUUUACCAUUAUCUAGAUUUGCAAGGUUAUUAGGUGGUUAUCACUCUAUUGUACUCAUAAUCUGCACAAGGUUGGCUUCCCUAAUCACGAUAUGUCGUGAGGAGCAAGGCGAUUCUUGCACUCCAACGUUCACAACUUCAUCCAACAGUUCGUGGUGGUGCAUGAUGCUAUGCUUUCUAAUUAUUUUUUUGAUUCCAUCAUGCAUCAAGGGAUACUACAACUUGACGUCUUCAUACCAGGCUGCCGCACCUAUUUGGAUCGAUGUCUUCCUGAAAGGUUCACUAUUUUUAAACUUCAUCUAUUGGUCAUUGAAUUCCCUUGAAAACUCUGAUAAUAGCUUUUUGAGUGAUUACAAGUACGAUUUCACCAUUGCGAAGUUCACACUGGCUAGAAUGUUAGCAGGUGUUACGAUAAUAGCUACAAAUAUUGGUUGGUUGAUGGGCCCCCUUUGUAUUAAGUUGAACGUUCACAACACAGACGUAAAGUCGCACCAAGCGACGAUUCUCGGCUAUAUGAACAUUUAUGGCUCAGAGUAUUUCCUACUGGUCAUCAAUGUAUUGAUGAGCAUAAUUCUUUUCAACAAGCCUCUAGCGCAGGUAUCAAUUUCAUUAAUGUGCAAUCAGUUACUUUCCAUUCUAGAAAUUGUAGAUUUGUUGAAACUGAAGGAAAACGUCAUAGGACCGAUUGUGUUAGGCCUGCUAUCCUACCAGCAGUUCUUCAGUACGGGACAUCAGGCCACCAUUCCAUCAGUCCAAUGGGACGUAGCCUUCAUUCUGUCAGAAAAGAUUACUUUUCCAAUAACCCAUUUAUCUGUGAUUUUAAACACUUUCGGCCCACACAUCAUUGUGGCGUUGUCAGUUGCCUUGAUCACUCUAUGGAAACAACCUCCAGAUGUUUUGAAACCACAGACUCUACUAGGUAGAAUUGUGUCCAACUGUGGGGUUUUGUUGACGUACAACACUUUACUCUGCUUAAGCUCCUUUGUGUGGGUCACUUUCUUUAGAAGACAUUUAAUGGUUUGGAAAAUUUUUUGUCCGAGAUUUAUGUUUGCUGCCCUGUGUCUUAUUGUCACUCAAUUGGUAGUUACCUUUGGUACUAUUGCCUUUGCGACUGGCAGGUUGAUUCAACACAUAAAUGAUAUAUUUUGGCAAUAG